AUGACGGACGACGACCGCGUCAAGUACAACUACUGCGUCUACAGCACCAAGUCGGGCAACCCCAGCUUGUUCGACAAGCAGGAGGGUUGCAUCCAGUGCAAGGCCUCGCAGAAGCGCGUCCGGGAUGACUACCUCAACAUGAAACACGCAAAGACGAACUUCAAGGACACCUGGAGCUACUACUCCAGCUUGGACUCGGGAAACCGUCCCCUGGAUGGAGACGAUUGGAAGGGACCGGCUCCUGGCAAGUCCGGGCUGAAACUGUGGCAGCAGUACAAAUUCGACUACAACAGCAAUGACGCCGUCAACGACAAGCUCGAGCAGCUCCUGGCAAAGAACGGGCUCUCCACGCCAUCGACCCCCCCAGCGACGUCGACCCCUGGCAGCGGGGAGGACGUCGUGGAGGAAGGCGUCAAGUACCUCGAGUUCCACUAUGUUAAUGGCUUCGAGCAGAGACUAGUUGAGACGAGCAGCGGGGUCUUCAUGGGGGAGUGCGUGGUGGUGGAAACGGUUUAUUACGAGGCCAAUAACCGGACCAUGGGUUUCCGUCUUAGAACCGAGAAUGGCGUGUUAAUCAAUGGCCGUAUGCGACGGGCCACUUCUCAGGAGAAGGAGACUCUAAUCACGAUCAACGGCGACAAGGUCAUUGCGAAAACGGAUAUCGAAACGACCCUCAGGGAGAGCAGCACGACCAAGGUCGUCAUCGCGAGCGAGGGGGCCAAGAAAUUGGCCGAGCAGGCCAGCAACGGCACCUUGAGCACGGCCCAGGCGAGGACCAAGGUGGAACAAGUCGCCAAGGUCCACGUAGAGGAGGCUUUGAGCACCUCCCUCUCCACCAUCGCCACCAGCAGCAGCCUCGAGAUCACCAAGUCGGGCGGCCAGGGUGCCGCUGGCAACGGGCCCGCAUCCUGCAAGCGGCGCCGCCGCCGCAGCGCUGUUGUUCAGUACUAA